GUUUAUAGGCAAAUCAUGUGACUUGAUGUAGCUGGCAGUGUGAACAGCUAUGCCAAAAUAGUCGGAGCUCUGACAGGAAGGUUCAGAUCCCAGAGGAUUCCUCCGAUAUGCAGAACGUGAUCAACACGGUGAAGGGCACGGCCCUCGGGGUGGCCGAGUUAUUCACCCCGGUAUUAAAGGAAUCGAGAUUCAAAGAGACGGGAGUCCUCACGCCGGAGGAGUUUGUAGCAGCUGGAGAUCACCUGGUUCAUCACUGCCCCACAUGGAAAUGGGCCACUGGAGAAGAAGCAAAGGUGAAGCCAUAUUUACCACAGGAUAAACAGUUUCUCCUGACACGCAAUGUGCCCUGUUACAAGCGCUGUAAGCAGAUGGAGUAUUCAGAUGAGCUGGAAGCCAUCAUCGAGGAGGACGAUGGAGACGGGGGCUGGGUGGACACCUACCACAACACAGGUGUGUUAGGAGUCACAGAUGCUGUACAGGAAAUCUCACUGGACAACAACAAGGAUAAGAAUAUGAAUGCCACGUCUGCAGCAUGCUGUGAUGAUGAGGAUGAUGAAGAUGGAGAAGCGGCAGAUAUGGAAGAAUAUGAAGAAAGCGGGCUGUUGGAAACAGACGAGGCAACCCUGGACACCAGCAAAAUAGCAGAAAGUAAAACCAAAGCAGAACCUGGGAGCGAAGAUGCCAUUCUUCAGACAAGAACAUAUGACUUGUACAUCACAUACGAUAAAUACUACCAGACCCCUCGACUCUGGCUCUUUGGAUAUGAUGAAGAUAGGCAGCCGCUCACUGUAGAGCAGAUGUACGAGGACAUCAGUCAGGACCACGUGAAGAAGACGGUCACCAUCGAGAACCACCCCCACCUUCCUCCACCUGCCAUGUGCUCGGUUCACCCCUGCAGGCAUGCUGAAGUGAUGAAAAAGAUCAUUGAGACUGUGGCAGAAGGAGGAGGAGAGCUGGGAGUGCACAUGUAUCUUCUGAUUUUCCUCAAGUUUGUGCAGGCUGUCAUUCCCACGAUAGAAUACGACUACACGAGACAUUUUACCAUGUAGGUGCCUCUGCUGCAACACGACGUGCACACCGGAAAUACCAGAGAUGGUCUCCGCUCUGCUCUGCUCUCAAUACAACUGGUCUGCUGAAUGUUUGUGUUACUCUAAAAUGCUUUGUGUGGAAGUGUCAAGGAAUAUGAAACGCUGUCUUUUAAAAGAACGGGCUGACGUAUUAGGACACGUGCUUGUUUUCUGCUGAACCCAGAGAAACUAGAUCACCGUCAGUUUGAUCUGUGUGUAUGCAGCACAGAGGUAGGGUGCGAUCUUGCAAACGGCACACCUAUCCUGGUCUGUUGCAUAAAUUCAGAUACAUUGUUUAUUUUUCAGGCUAAAGGUGUGUAGUUCUGUCUCUGUGAUAAGCUAGGCUAAACACCUCAGAGAUGAGAAUCUGUGUCAGACUAGUCGUUUAACCCUCGGUAACCAAGGUCCACAUCACCCAAGAGUUGGACGGCACCUUUAAUGUCUCUCAGUGGGACGGUGAAACUUGUCGAUGGUUAGUGUAAUUAGGAGUGUUUAAACAGAAGCUAAGCAAUGUCCUGCUGUAAGGAAGGAUUGAUGUGUGCUGCUUUAGUUCCCAGUCUGACUGACAGUCAUUCAUGUGUUCGUGUAAUAUCAGGUUUGCUGCUCCUUCCACAGCGCUACGCUGCUUAGCACCUACCUUAGAGAAACAAAACUAAUCCUCCACUUCUAUCAUCGAGGCCAUCCUACAGUUAGUUAGGAACUUAAAACUGUCACAUUCAAGCUGGUGUGAGUUUGAGGAGGACAGAGGAGUGGUUUGUGGUAGACGACUCCAUCUUCAGAUGCAGCUUCCAUCAGUCCAGUAUUCACUCUGCUCUCUGGCUCGGUCUCCACCAGCCCUGUGGAAAAACUCUGUGUUUAGCAGCUUCGUGCUUGGCUGCAUCCACUCGUGCUCAUGUCUGCCCACAUCUGUCUCAGCUCAGUGGGUGCUGAGAAACAGGAAAACUGAAGCAGGAGCCCAACAAUUUCUGGAUGGCUACAAAUAAUAAAGCGGCAUUAUCUCGAUUGGGCCAACGGAGGCGUUAAGAGAAGCUCGUAGAGCACGGAUGUUUCCCGUCAGCUGUUCUCGCUUCCAUCCUGAUGCUCUCUGCGGGAAUCGAGGCUGAACCUCAGUUUGUCUUAAUGGUGAAUGUGCUGAUCCCGUGUUUCUGGGGCUUGGCUUCCACGCUUCUGUGUCUGUCUUCAGUUGUGAGCAGGUUUCUAAUUGAUGCUUCAGAGAAUUUGUUUUCAGAUGUAACUCUACAUGUCUGUGUAUUACUGACCUUUGAAGAAGUUUCCACAGGUUUGCUGUGACCUCUGCAGAACGACCUCACUGAUGCAGUUUAACUGCAAGUCCAUGUUUCCUAUAACCUGUAAUGUUUGGCUCAUUACAGUGGCAGCACUCAUCCAUACAAAGCAUCUGCUUCAGUAAUCCACAGUUUGCUUUCCUCGUGUGUUGGUUGAUCAAAUAUUCUCUUUGUAUCUGUGCCUGUUGGUCCAGUCUUCAAAUUUAAAUUGCUUGGUGGUGAGGCUUCACCGUUUCAGAAAGAUGUACAUUUAUCAAUAAAGAGUUUCCCAAAUAUUGCAAGCAAAAUGCUGUUUAUGGAUGUAUUUAUUGGUGCUGUGGAGGGACGGUGGGGGUCUUGAAAUAAAACAUCUCAAACCUAAAAAUGUUCCUUCAUGAUAUACGUUAUGCUGCAGGUGGCAAGGUUACAGCUGAAGGAAAAGCCAGCAUAAAGUGUCCUGGUCAUAGUUCUUAGGCCUAACAGCUCAUGGCGUUCCCUCCCUACAGCUUGUACGCUUCCUCUCUCCAUGACCUCAGUGUGCUUAAGCCACUCCUUUGUUGCCAUAGCAGUAUCUGCUAACUGUCUCCAGUCUUCUGGCUGAGGGAGAAAGAUUGGCAUCUAAGAUUUUACAUUACUGGCCCUGUCCAUCUGCGCCUCACUGUGAUGAAGUCAUAGUCAGAAUAUUACAUGAAAUCAAUCAAACAAGGAUUUUAAAUGGAGAAAUGUCAGACCUCUGGAAAGUAUAAUCAGACAUAUGUACUCAGUACUUACUGCCUCAGUGCAGCGUGGCAUGGAUGCAAUCAGCCUGUGGCACUGCUGAGGUGUUAUGCAUUGUUCCGUCUCUUAUCUUUCUCUUUUCAGUGGAAGUUUUUCUUCCACACAGCUUUCUAUUAGUGUGCUUUGUACAGCGCUUUGGGAACACCCAACUUCUUUUGAGCUGACCUUUUGAGGCAUUCCCACUUUAUGGAGCUUGCCAAUGAUGGUUUUCUGCAGAACUGUCAUGUCAGCAGUCUUCCCCAUGAUUCCUACUGAGAGACCAUUUAAAGGCUCAGCAACACUUUGCAGGUGUUAUGGAUUAAUUGGCUGAUUAAAGAAUGACACUUUAAGCCUACAAUAUUGAACCUUUUCACCAUGUUCUAAUUUUCUGAGCUUUUGAAUUUGGGGUUUUCAUAAGCUGUAAGCCAUAAUCACCAAAAUGAUAACA